AUGUCACUUUCACCAAUAGAAAAAGCAGCCUCAGGUGCAUUAGCAUCAGCAAUUGCAAACACUUUAGUAUAUCCAUUAGAUUUAAGUAAAGUAUUAAUUCAAACUCAAGUUAAAAAACAUCAUAAUCAUAAAAAUUCAACAGGUUUACCAACACCACCACAAUCAGAAUCAGAUUCAAGUACAAGUACAAAUUGGGAAGAAUCAAUACAACCAAAAGAUGAAUUAAAAUAUAAAAAUACAUUAGAUGUAUUAAAGAAAAUUUAUGCUAAAAAGGGAAUAUUGGGAUGGUAUCAUGGAUUAUUUUCAACUGUUGUUGGUACUGCUGCACAAAACUUUUCAUAUUUUUAUUGGUAUUCAAUAGUUAAAAAAGUUUAUGCAAAUUUAUAUAAACAUAUACCUAAUCAUAAAGCAAAUACAUUAACUGAAUUGUUUUUAGGUGCAGUAGCAGCAGCAAUAUCUCAAUGCUUUACAAUGCCAAUUGGGGUUAUAACUACUCAACAACAAACUGAUAAACAACAUAAAAAUUUAUUUCAAUUAAUUAAAGAAAUCUUGGAUCAAGAUGGUAUUAGUGGAUUAUGGAGAGGUUUAAGAGUUUCUUUAGUUUUAUGUAUUAAUCCAUCAAUAACUUAUGGAUCAUAUGAAAGAUUAAAACAAAUAAUAUAUGGAAAUAAAGAAUUUUUAGGACCUUUAGAAAGUUUUUCUUUGGGUGUUUUAGCAAAAUCUUUAGCAACUAUUGCAACUCAACCAUUAAUUGUUUCUAAAGCAAUGAUUCAAAAGAAAGCCAAAUCCAAAACUGAAAAAGGUCAUAAAGUAUCUGAAAAAUAUCAUGAAGAUGAAGAUGAUGAAGAUGAUAUUAAAUUUGAUCAUUUUACUGAUGCUUUAGCUCAUUUAUGGAAUACUGAAAAAUUCAAAGGUUUAUAUAAAGGAAUAGCUCCUCAAUUAUUAAAAGGUGUUUUCGUUCAAGGUUUAUUAUUUAUGUUUAAAGAUCAAAUAGAUUUAUUAUUUUUAUUCUUAUUAUCAUUAAUUAAAAAGAAUAAAUCAAUUGUUGUAAGAAAAUAG